CGUCCUCCCUCAGUCUCCGGACGGACCCCACCGUCCUCGCCCGCUCCCGCAAGGUCGACGGAGCCAACAUCCUCCCAGCCUUUCGUAAAAAAAUAAGUUCCUCCGAGCCGGCCCCGUUCCCGCCGGCAGACGCCCCUCCUUGGCCGACUUUGACUCCGCCCGCCCCUCCCCAGCCGACUUCCCGCAAGAAAGUUGUGCUCCAGUCUUGAAAAGGAUGUGGAAAGCUAAGAGGCGCGGUGAUCAUCUCACUAGAAGCUUUCAUAAGAGCAAAAGAGCUUCCAAGAAUGAAUCAAUGCUCUCAGGUCGCUUCCUUCAGGACUCUGAUCAAGUUGUUUUGUCUGGGCUCAGUGAUAGGCCAAUAUCAUAUUUGUCUAAAAUUGUCGCCUCUAUUACUUUGUACAAAGGAAACAUAAUGUUCUUUUCAUGCUCUGGCAUAGCUAUCGAACGCCAGGGGUGCCACCUUACAAGGUUUCUGACUUCUGCGAGUUUGGCUAGAGCUCUCAAUUCAAAUGAAGACCGUGAUGACUGGAAGAUUGAAGUGCGCCCUGAAGGCAAUGAAGUGUAUAUGGGGGUGAUGUCUGCUUUUGAUUUAGAUCGCAACUUUGUUGUUGUCAGUGUCCAUGGGUUCCUUGAUGUUCAGGUUGGAUCUUUCCAAUAUGCACUGCAAAUUCCACCCCAUGGUGAGAUAUUAGUAGCUAUAGGACGUGCUGUCUCUGGUGAAAUAAUAGUCAAGAAUGUGGAAUUUGAAGGUGAUCCAAUUGUAUUGAAGGAUGAUGAAGAUCUUGAUUGUAGAAUCUCGGAGGCUUGGGAAGGUGGGCCACUUGCUUCUGUUGAUGGGAAGGUUGUUGGCAUAAACCUUUUUCUGACGACUAGAAGAGCUGUUUUCGUACCAUGUGGCACCAUUCUCAAGCAUCUGAAGCAUUACUUGACAUCCCAGCAAAAGAAGGCUGGUCUUGCACAGUCAAAAACUACGAAUGUUUAUAGGUUUGGAGCAAGACCCAUAGGUGAGGAAUCUAACAGCUAUUCAGAAGUACAUGAAAAUUUUCUCAACCAGAAGCAGUUAGAUCUAGAGGCCAUGGGUUACCCGAAGUUACCAUCCUCUAUGUCAGGAGCUGGAAUGAUUCUGGCUAAUACUUUUGAAGAGACUUUUGGCGACAUACAUGGUGAAGGUGUAUGGAGAAAAUUUAGUAAAAAAGCUUCUAACAUAAAUCGCAAUGUUGUCGCACUGGCUUCAUUCAAUGGAGGAAAAAGAUUUUUUGCAUGCACCGGUUUUUUUAUUGAAUGGAAUGAAUCUACGAUAAUUUUGACAUCAGCAAGCUUGGUUAGAAGUUCUGGUGAUGAGAACAAGAUUGCUGAUAACUUAAGGAUUCAAGUGUUGCUUAACAGCCAAUGCAGAGAAGGGAUGUUACAGCAUUAUAAUCUACAUUACAACGUUGCUCUAGUCAGUGUCAAGGAUUACCCUACUCUUCGUCCAUCAAAAACUUUGCUUUGGUGGAACAGGACUUUUGAAGUAGCAGCUAUAGGGCGUUGCUUCAAAACAGGAGCUUUAAUGGCUACUACUGGGGAUUUAGUUUGCUGGACAGGCACACUUGAUUGCGAUUUCCUCGCAACUUCCACGUGUAAAAUCACAAAGGCUGGGAUUGGAGGCCCUCUUGUUAGUCUUGAUGGGGAUGUUAUUGGCAUGAACUUCUAUGAUAAGAGAAUAGGAACCCCUUUCCUGGGUUUGAGUGACAUUUACAGAAUUCUAGCUCUGUUUGAGACAAAAAGUAAACCUGGAGAACAUCUCUGGAAAAUGGAUGAAGAUGAAAAAACUAAGCCAAACAGGUGGCCUGUGCCCAUGCCUCGCUGGUGCAAUGAGGAUGAGGAUAAAUCUGAUGAUGAUGAUGAGGAUACAUCUGAUGAUGAUGAGUUGGGCUUUGAUCCCAAAUAUGGCCCCGUGAGAUACAGUUACGAUAAGGGAAUGAAAGUCAGGCUCUGUUAGAUGCAGUCACACCCUUGAUUGGUAAACUACAAUCUCCAUAUCAUCGCGUGUUUGAGAUGACAUAAGUAACAUGUGGCUUGCUCAAGUCUUAUGUGCUGCGUUUGUAUACUACAAUAAUUCUGUGCUAUGCUGUGGCAUGCUCAAGUCUUAUUAUGUGCUGCGGUUGUAUACUACAAUAA